GUGGCUCAGUGCUGGCAGGAGUCGAUGGCAGGCGGUGACACACACAGGUGAUCGAUCAGCUGUAUCCCCCGCUUUAUUGAUUGAACAAGUAACACGACUGGUUACCUCAGAUUACUGCAAGGUUUCCAGUCACGGCACAAAUGACCACAGAUAGGGUGGAGAUGACGGUGGUAGGGUCGGAAGGUAAGGCACCGAUACACAUAGGUGGCGGUGUUGAAAACAUGGCCUUCCAGGCUGACGACGUCUGUAAGGAUCUUCCCCAGACACAGUUCGACCAGGCAAAGACUGAUGACGUGUUGGUGACGAACACCGGGGUGCUGCCACACGCCCAGGAGGAAGAUUAUAGCCUUCUCACUUUCUUGCCCAACUACCUCGAGAUCAAGACUAAAUUAAAGAAGGCCAUCCCCAUACCUGAGAGUCAGAUACCUAAGUACAAGAGUAUUGUGUUGUCGCUGGUGUUGCUGGUCGCCUACCUCCUCUACUUUAUCGCAGUGCUCAUCAUCACCACCAAAGCUGAGAAGGAUAACUACUGGUGUGACGCUGACGGUCUUCUCAUCAUCCUUACCUGCCUGGUCGGUCUAGGACUCCUAUACUUCCAGGUUAUCAAGCGGUUUUUCGGGGCGAUGAUCUACCGUACAGUCAUCAAGUCCUUGGACGUCGCCAUGACCGACCUCUUAGCAAUCAAGUGGGUACCUUGGGUGGUGGGUCUCCUCCUGUUGGUGGGUGUGGCGGUAUUCCUGGGUUUCGACGCACAAGAUGACGUUCGCCGUUUCCAGGGUCUCAUUGGCUUGGUGGUGCUGAUCCUGUUCGGCUUCGUAUUCUCGAUCGCCCCCAGAAAGAUUCGGUGGCGCCACGUCAUCUGGGGUUUAAUGAUGCAGUUCACGAUGGGGCUGUUCAUCCUGAGGUGGCCGCUGGGGCAGCAAAUCUUCACAUGCUUAGCGGGUAAAGUGGCCACCUUCCUCUCCUUCACCGACGCAGGGACCAGCUUUGUGUUCGGGGACCUGGUCUCCGUACAACACAUCUUUGCCUUCUCGGUGCUGCCGGUAAUCCUGUUCUUCAGCUUCUUCAUCCAGAUCCUUUACUACUUCGGGGUGAUGCAGUGGGUGGUGCUCAAGCUGGGCUGGAUGUUGCAGGUUACCAUUGGCACCACUGCUUGUGAGAGUGUCAAUGCUGCCGCCAACAUCUUCCUCGGUCAGACUGAGGCGCCGCUGCUCAUCAAGCCAUAUAUCCCCAUGAUGACAAAGUCGGAGCUUCACGCGGUCAUGACGGGAGGCUUCGCUACCAUUGCUGGCUCCGUCAUGGCCGCCUACAUCUCCCUGGGCGUCGACCCCGCCCAGCUCCUCUCAGCCUCCGUCAUGAACGCCCCGGGUGCUCUCGCCUACUCCAAGCUUUUCUACCCUGAGACCGAACCCUCGAGUACCAGCAUCAAGGAUAUCAAGAUGGAAAAAGGGCAAGAGGCGAACUGUCUACAUGCAGCCAUGGUGGGGGUGACCAACGCCAUUCCUCUGGUGGCUAAUAUCGCUGCCAACCUCAUCGCCUUCUACGCUUUCAUCUCCUUCUGUAGUUACGUCUUCGACUGGUCCUGCACUCUGGCCGGCGCCGAGGAGGGAGUUUGCACGCUAGACAAUCUUUUCGGGUGGAUCUUCACGCCCCUGGCCUGGGUGAUGGGCGUCGAGUGGUCUGAGUGUGGUCAGGUUGGGCAACUGAUAGGCGUCAAGAUCAUUGUCAACGAGUUCGUCGCUUACUCCAAACUCGCCGAGAUGAUGAAAAAUGGAGAAAUAUCGAAACGAGCAUCAACGAUCGCCACGUAUGCACUGUGUGGGUUCAGCAACAUCAGUUCCAUCGGCAUCAACCUGGGCGGGUUCGGUGCUAUGGCCCCAGAGCGCAAGGGUGAUUUAGCCAAGGUGGUGGUGAGGGCCAUGAUCGCUGGCAGCUGCGUCUGCUUCCUUACCGCUUGUAUUGCUGGAACACUGUUGACGGUCGACGAGGACGUGACGACUGACGUCCUCAGCAGCACGGAGUCCUACAGCACCACGGACGUCUCCUCUCAAUACGUUGUCUAUUGAAUCAACUUCUCCGUGUUUGUCCCCACAUAAUCAUUCAUAUUUUUUUUACAAAAAAUAAAAUAUACUUAGUUGGGCAUUGAGGUCUAAGCAUAAUUACGUCAUCGUGUGUUUAAGCUGCAAUGCAUUCUAAAGCUGGGGCAAUACUCGGGGUCGGGCGUGGAGCGCCAAUCUUUGUUUAUAUCGCUCUUGAAUUAUACAAAGGUUGUGUAACGUACAGUAAUUUGCCACUAAAAUGUCAAAAGUAAACUGCUGUGUGCCGUAUCUUGUUUCAACGACGAGGCGAACACCCUCUUUAAGUUUUUGUAAGUUACCGGUCGAUGAAAAGAAAUAAAAUGGAAAAGAAUUGAUCAGGAAUGUAACCCAAGACGAAUCUAAAUGAAACAACGUUUGCAGCUUGCAUUUUUCGGGUGGGCGGAAGACUUUAUAAUCGUAUUUUUACUACAUUUUCAUGCUUGGCUGAAUGGCUUUCAGUGAUUAGUGAAUAUAACAAGAAAACACAACUUCGAUCCUCUGAAUCGAAGUGAUGGGGAAUCUUGAAGCCAUUGCCUCUCAAUAUUAGCCCGAGGAACAAUGCCCUCAUACCACGCACUGCUUUCAACCGGGAAAAGACAAGUAAUGUUUCAGGUAGGUACCUUUGAAUGUAUUUUAAUAGUAUUUAGACGUUGUUAUAUUGUAAUGUUAUAACUGUGCUUCGACAAAGAAAGUCUUUAAGUGCGUUGGAAAUUACACUUUGCUAAUAAUAUAUAUAUUUUUUAAUUAUGAGAGAUAAAACUCGGUGUAUUUAGUCGUUGGGUCUUCCCUGUUUGUUGAUUUUUUUUUCAUAGGAAUGUACAGUAUAGCAUUAUGUGCAGAUUUAAAAUAAAUUAUGUACUCGUUUGGAGAAACGAUAAGAAAAUACCGCACUGAAAAUUAAUUUAGAUUUUGUCGAUGAUUCAACAAAAGAACACACUUUCAGGGAAAUGCUAAUUCGAAUAGAUUUGGUGUUGAUCCUUGAAACCGGGUUCCGGAUGUUUUCACUUUGAUGAAUUGCUUAUUUAUUUUUAAUAAAAUACAUGGUUCUAUUGUUGUUUUAGGCAGUAAUUAAAAACUUGGUUGCGUACCUUAACUGGCAAUUUGAAAUUUUUGGUAAUACUUUAUGACUGAUGCGCGCCAACCACUUGCACAUUGGAGACAUUUCUACGUUACUUCAUGGAGAUUAACACAUAAACGGCCCACCUCACUGCCAAUCGAAUAUUUGACCCUAAAAAUGAAAAUAGUAUUUUUAAACUUUUAUAUGUAUAAUGUAUAAUUUCACUAAGCAAAAUUGGACCACUGGCACAAACUAAGCAGUUUUUUCUGAUAUUUUUCCCGCAUGAUACUAAUGCUUGCAUAAUAAUGCUAUAAAAUUUUCCAUUUCAGUAUCAAUUUAUACUUUGAAACUACAAAAGAGUCUUGAUUAAACUAAAACUAAAUUUGAGAGCAAGAAACAAAGUGCGGUAUGAAAUUUAUACCGUCUGAGAGCCAUUCAUGUAGUAAGGCUCCGGCACUCAAGUAACUACCCCCAUUCUUUACCAAAUUUAUAGACAUGCCCUUUAAAGUAACGGAGACUCUCUUGGGCCCUUCAGCUUUCCGGGCCCCGGGACAACAAUUAUGGCUAGGCCCUGUCUGCAAGGUUUAAAAUAUUGUCAGGAUACCUAUGAUGAAACGGAUUAACGAACUGACAAAAUGAACUGUUGUAUAGUCGGCUUUAGCCAACAGUUCACUGGCUAGUCGUUAUUAAUGUCAUCAUGGCUGUGUUGAAAACUUGAAACUGAUCGGCGAGCAAGGGUUCACGUUUACAAUGAAACGUCUAAUCAAUUAGUUUUCGCCUCUGAUUUCCUUGCACAAAAUCCUCUACAGUACAUAUACUGUAAGCCAUCGUCUUAGAUAUAUUUUACGUUGUCUUUGAGCACAGAAAACAUUAAAAUCACCCAUUUAACAUCACUUUCUCGCAAAAUAAAAGAUAACGCUGGCUGUUACUUUAUCCUCAUUGUCACUGAUCGGCCUGUUCGCCGAUUGAGAAGUCGACCUCGCCUCUUUUUACGUAAUGUUGGCAAGUACUAGGCAUGUACUGGUUCCAGAGUGUAUCUGCACCUGCGCCUGUGUUGUUUAAGUCUGGUCUCGAAUGCGCUCACACUUGAUGCUGUCACAAUAUUCUCUGGCAGAUUGUUCCAAGAGUUUACAACUCUCACUCCAAAAAAGUUUGCCCUGACAAUUUUCUGAACUUGUAGCUUCUUCAACCUUAAGCUGUGACUCCUAGUGGGGCGGGUAACGCCAGCUCCAGGUAAUAGUCCCCUAAGGUGUUUAUAGACUUCUAUUAAGUCAUCCCUUGACCGCGUAUAGUAUAAGCUGAGCAACUGCAGGCGUUCUAAUGUCUCUGGGUACCUGUGGUGCCGGCACCAGUUUGGUGAUCUUCCUUUGGACAUUUUCAAUCUCUACCAUAUCUGGGGUCCAGACGGUGUGACAGUACUCCAUAGGGCUAUGUGAACGCCCUUAUAAGACCUUCUAGCUUAUGCCAGUUCCAGAAUGCAUAGUGAUAGUGAUAAAUAAACGAUGACGUAAUUAUGGGAUAGUUCUUCACCCCAAGCAUUUUAUUGUUUAAAUUUUCUCGAUUUUUUAAAAAAUUUGAAUGUGUGAUUGGAUUGUUUUACUGAAUGAACUCUGCUGCCUUCGGAUUCUGGAGGAAUAAUUUCGGAUUAGUACUCGUAAUUAUAUAAGCGAUGAUAAGGUUAACACCGUCCCCAUUCAUUAUGAAAAGCUACGUGUCAUUUAACAUUGUGUUAUUCUCAUCAACUAGGUGUGUAUAGUUACUGGUUGGUGAGGAGCGUUAUGUACUGUACAGUACAGCAUUGGAAUUUAAAAUUAAUUACAUGUGUAUGCAUACUAUCAUUGUAAAUCAAAUAUCAUGUUGUAUAACUGCCCAUAUAUUAGAUAUUCUUGAUUUGUAAUGGAUAAUGAAAACAGAUAAAAAAAAUGAAAGCUUUUAUUGUAAACACAAAAUAAUUUUUGAGUACUUAUAGUCUAUGCUGUACAGAUAAUAGCCUCUUCUUGUCAUAUUACAAAGCCUUAAUAAUAUAGUUGAGUCAGAAUUAUUUGAUAUAAAGUGGUUUAAAACAUCACAAACAGUAUUUUGUAUAAAAGAAUGAGUUGAAGGUUAGGUUUUAUUUUACUAAAAAAUUACACAAAAACUUUAUAUAUAUAAUAUAU